AUGGAUGUGACGGUGGAGGCGCUUGCGCAGGCCCUCACCGUCCUGCAGCAGGCGACCGCGCUGGACCUGUCGGGGGAGGCGGCGGCGGCGGCGGCGAUGUACGCGGCGGCGAAGAGCGCGCUGGACGCAGUGGCGCCGUACCUCCCGCGCGGGCACGCCGACGUCGUCCGCCGGCACGCGGAGGAGGUGCGGCGCCGCCUCGACGGCAUCGGCCACGCCCGCCGGAUGGAGGAGGGCAGAGGGGAGUUUCCGGCGUUCCCGCUGGAGUACGUGCCGCGGCCGGCCCCCGUGGAGGAGUUCCGGGUGCCCGCCAGCCCCACGCUGCGGGUGCUGUGGCUGAUGCGCCUGCUGGAGCGCUCCAUCCGGCAGGGCGCCUUCGUCGCCCCCGACCUCUACGUGGGGAAGGAGGUGUGGUACCAGCACGGCGGCGGCGCCGCGCUCGCGCACACGGGACCGAAGAUCCGCUACCUGACCGCCCUUUGCGCGGCGCUGGAGCAGCUGCGGGCGGUGGCCAACCUCGACAACCUGGACGCCGUCGGCAAGGGCCUGCGCAGGUACGUCAAGACGUCAGAGGGGCUCACGACGGCGCUGGAGGAGGAGCUCGGCGUCCGCACCGACGGGGGGACCUCGCCGCGCUCAAAGCUCGAGCGGGGCGUGCGGGGCCUGUUCCACAAGGGGCAGCAGGUGCUCCGCACGUGGAUGAAUCAGGAGCCAAACAUGGAGCUGUGCCUCAUUUGGGCCGUCAACACACUCGAGCAGGCGCAACUGUUUGAGCGAUGGGUUAUGUACUACUCCCACCUGCGCCUUGCGCCGGCGGUGACGGAGAUCCUGGGGCUCCUGCGUCGGGCGGUGGGGCUUCUGUACAGCGGCCCUUGCAGUUUUCUGCUGCGCGACAUGGCGAUCCUGGUUGAGCGGCACCAGGAGAAGUGCCGCAAGAGCACCACCCGCCUCCUUCCAGUGGAGAUAAAGUUGGAGGACCCUACGGCUAGCUGA